CGCGGGCGGCGAUGCGCGGCGGCUGCGGGCGUGCGGCGGCGGCGGGGGGACGGGCCGCCCCCCCGGCCCCGCGGCUCGGCGGCGGCGGGUGACGACGGCUCGGCGGCGGCCAUGGGGUGCCUGCAGAGCGUGGCCUGCAAGGCGCGGGUGCGUCGGGAGCAGAUCGUGGUGUCGGACGUGUCGGCUACCAUCGAGCCGGCGGCCACCGCCAUCGAGGAGAGCUCGCCGGUGGUGCUGCGGUACCGCACGCCCUACUUCCGCGCCUCGGCCCGCGUCCUCAUGCCCCCCAUCGCCCGGCGGCACACCUGGGUGGUGGGCUGGAUCCAGGCCUGCAACCACAUGGAGUUCUACAACACCUACAGCGACCUCGGCGUGUCAAGCUGGGAACUGCCUGACCUGCGAGAAGGAAGAGUAAAAGCCAUCAGCGAUUCAGAUGGUGUGAGCUACCCCUGGUACGGAAACACCACAGAAACUGUGACCCUGGUCGGGCCCACUAACAAGAUCUCCAGGUUCUCAGUGAGCAUGAAUGACAAUUUCUACCCCAGCGUGACAUGGGCUGUCCCUGGCAAUGCAAGGAGCAUGAGUGCAAUCAAACCAUGCCGCUGGCAAAUGUUGCUUUCCACCCAGUUGGAGGUAGAAGCGGAGACCAUGUCUUGCUGGACGUGGCAGGCUCCUGUGGUGAGCCUUCCUGCUGGAUCAUGGGUGUCCCCACGGUGUCUAUACCUAUGCAUUUGGAUCAAUAAUGGAGCCCUGGUCCUGCCCACUGGGGCUGGGCAGGGGUUCCGGGAGUGGAAUGGGAGCUGGCAGUGCCGGGUGCUGGGCUGGAGCCUGGUGCUGGCCAGUACCACUGCCCAGGAUGGGUUUUCCAUAGCUGACGGAAAGUGGGACAUGUUUUGCAUGCGUCUGGGUGUGUUUGGAGUAGUUGUGAGUGUAGGAGAUGCCAUAGCUCUUUUCUGUCUUGGAGUGAGAUCUAAGGGCAGAUUAGAUGUCCUUUUGUUUUAAGGUGCACUAAUCCUUUGCAGUUCCUCAACCCCCGUGUCCACCCCCAAAUCCUGGUGACCUGUUUCUUACAGGAGCAAAAUCGAUUCUCAGCUGAAUGAGAAAUUGGGAGCAGUGCCCAUUCACCCUGCCCAGGUACUGACUGUGUGGGGUGCCCAGACCAGCUUGGAGGUGACCUGGGACUCACACUCUUCCACUGCAGACCCAAGUCCUUUGCAAGAAGUUGGGUGCUUGCUCAUUUUCCAUACAAAUGCUGGCUCAUGUGGAGACUCCUCAGCCACCCAUAGAGCAGGAUGGCUACUGGCAGGGAUGCUGAUGGGGAGGAUGGCGUGCCUUGCAGUAACUCCCCAGGCUCUGCAGGGAUGGAGAUCUCCUUUCUAUGGGUUGGAGGCAGGGAUGUGAGCAGAGGCCAUGCAAGGCAGGCCUGGGUUUGCCUGGGAAGGAGGUGAGCGUUCUGCCUGGGCAUUGCCUCCUGCUGCUCUAGGUGCUUGGAGGGUAACAGGGUUUUAUUUGUCUUUCCCAUUGCUCCUCACUGCCUGGAUGACCGGCAUCAUCUGGGGUGUUGUGGUGCUAUGGGCUGCGACCUGCAACUCCCAGUACCUUGCCCUUGAGAUGCAGCAGAGGCAUAAACCAUGGCUGCCCUGCCUGUGCCACAGGCACUCCAUUGCUCCUGGACAGAUAGUUAUGACUUUUCGCUGCUUUCUCUGCUCUAUCCUCUGCCCCAGCCUGAGCCCAUUGGCUCCUCCAGCUCACGUCCCUGCCUUCGUGCCAUGGGAGGUUUGACCUGCCCUGGGGAUGUGGAUAAUUCCCACUGGGAGGGUUCUAUCUUCUGCCCCACUGCCAGGAGAACCUGGGGAGGGUCACUAUGUUCGGCACUUCCAUGCAAAGCCUUUCAUGUGGUAUUAAUAGCACUGCCUUCAGCAUUGCUUUGCUUCCUGUGGUGUGCUGGCACAUCUCUGUGGCAUCGCUCUGCAGAGCUUUGACCAUGGCUUGUGCUUUUCCAGGGCGGGAUGUGCACCCUGGUCCCUUCCAGCAAAGGAGUUCCCCAGGCAUCUUAGACCAAAAAUCCGUGUGAAAUCCCUGUGCUAUUUAUUAUUCUCAGUAGUGUUUGCUGCUGAUGGGAUUCUUACUUAUUUUUCCCUCUGGGAGUAUUGCAUUUUGACGCCUUGACGCACAGUUUCCCAUGCUGAGGCUGGUGGUCCUACUCCUCCCGCUUGGCCCCACUAUGGGCUGGGAAUCUGCUGCUUUUGGUGCCUACACCUGGAUUUUGCUGGGGGCUGUAGCCUUGUGGUGAGAAAGGUUUGGAGGAAGAGGGGACUGAGUCUUGGUUUGCUUGUUUUCUGGAGCAAAAGUUCCACUGGGAGCUUGCCAGUGUGGGAAGAUGUCCCACUCUUAUGAGACUCUGCCCAUGGUUUUGUUCUGAUACAGGACUUAUAGCAGCUUUUGCUGUCACUGACUUUUUUUUCUCAAAAAGCAUGUUUGGAGAAGGGUUAAAAACGUUAAAUACGAUUUUCUGUAGUCUUUGAGAAAAGAGGAGGGAUAAGUACCUUUUGGUUUGAAAUAAGGCAGAUGUGUACUUUUGACCCAGUAGGACAGAAAUGUCUCUGGCAGCAUCAGAGCUAAAAAGCCAGUGGAAGGGGUUCCCCAGCAGAUGGGAACUCGAGGGCUGUGUGCAGCCAUCAGACUGGGGAGAUGCUGUGGCAGCACCGUGGUGCCUGCUGGCUGGGAGAGCGAGGAUGCUGGUGGGGGGUGCUGUUGAAUUUAUUAGGAUGUGCUGCCUGGCCACACUGGGAUAGCAGUGUCUGCCAUUUCUGUCCAUGUAUGUCUACAGUGUCCCCAGGGAGGCGCUUGGUGCUGCCUGGUGCUGGUGUCAGGCUCCAUGCCUGGCCAUAGCCUUGUGCCUGAGCUCCCAGGACUGCCGCAGCCUGCAGGCAGGCUCUGGAUGAGCCCUGGGGCCAUGCCUGUGCUCACCCCUCUGGGCUUCUGCUGGGCUGCCAUGCCUGCUCCUCUGAUGGCUGGAUUUGAUGCGCUUAACUCUGUUUGAUGCACUUCACUCGGUUUGAUGUGUGGGUUGUCUACAUGGGCAUUUCCGUGUUUAAAAGGAAAAAGAAAAAUAUUUACAAAAGCAGUGUGCAGAAACAUGCAGUUUGCAUGUUCACAAAAGGUGUGUGUUCACUUCGGCUGGAGGUGCUGGGUGAGCUCAGCAGCACCCACCGGUGGAACCCAGGCACAGGGCUCUAUGUUUGAGUGAAGGGGAGGAGAGGGAGGGAGGGAGGCAACAGGGUAGAGCUCCAGUGUGUGAGUUGGGGUUUUCCUCACAUCCCUGUGGGCUGCAGCUGUACUGAUGGGGACCUGGAGCUGGAGCCCUGGCUGCAGAGCCCAUGCCAGGGAUGAGUACCCAGAACCCUGGGUUCAGUUGCCCAACCACACCAUGGGAUGCCUUCCCUGUACCCCCCUUUCGCAGUAGCACCCCGUUAUCUCAGGAAGGAGCAUGUCAUGGAAAUGCCCGCUUGCAUGUUCCACUUGCCCUGAGCCUCGGGGUGCCCCUUCCCCUCUAUCCUGUCCUUGGGUCACUUAUUUAUUUAUCUAGCUAUCUACCUAUUUAUUUAUUUAUUUAUUUAUUUACUUGAGGUUUAAGUUAUUUAUUAUUAUUUAUUGACGGCUGAAAGUUGGGGGGGUUCAUUUCUGCUGCACGGUGGGGGCAGCUGGGUUCCCCCCACCCAGCCCCCUGCAUUUUGGGGUGCUGCUGCAUGUUUGGGAGCACCGCUGGGGAGGGACGAUUGAGGGCCCCCCUACUCCCAUUUGCUUUUGGAGCCAGGGGGAAAAAAGGAAGGGAAUCAUAUCGGUGCUUGCAGGGAGGACACCCAGUGCCUGUACCUUUCCUGCAGAAGCUUGAAGCCCUGUGCCCCCUCCCUGGGCACUGUGCUCCUUCCCAUGCCCAUCUGUAUUCACUGAUCCAGCCUCCUGGCAUUUCUCUGAUGGCUCCUGCUGGAUUUGCUGUUGCCAGUUCCUGGAGAUGGUGAGAAGAGCCAGGACGCGUGGAUGUCACUAUGGAGAAAAGACCAAACCAGGUAUUCUGCUGCCGCGUGGGGAAAAUCGGAAGAAGAGGAAAGCUGGUUUUGCAGAGUGCCUUAAACACAAAUGACUUUACUGAGUAGGGGGCUUGGACUUCUGUCUCUGGAUGUUAUUACCAACUCAAAUGUUGCAUUUUACUUCUCUGGGAUUAAAAGAAAACCACUUGAGCUGUACUGGAACCAAA